UCCUCCAUCUCCCUCUCCUCCCAAAUUCCCUCCCACCAUGCUCCCUUGUUUCCCCUCCAAAGUCAGAAGCAGCUCGCCGGAAAGUCCACCGGCUAACACCAUGGAGUCCAAAGAGAAGAGAAGGGGAGGGCUCAGGACAAUGCCCUUCAUUCUUGCCACCGACGUGUGCGACCGGUUUGCGGCCACCGGAUUCUCCUCUAAUAUGAUCACUUACUUGACUCAAGUGCUUCACAUGCCUAUGGUUCAGGCCUCUAACACGCUCACAAAUUUUGCCGGCACGGCGGCCUUAACACCACUGAUCGGCGGGUUGAUUGCCGAUUCUUUUGCCGGAAGAUUUUGGACCAUUGCCGUUGCUUCCGUCAUCUACCAGCUGGGAAUGCUAUGCCUGACCUUGUCCGCUAUCCUUAGGGGCACCAGGCCUCCGCCCUGUUCCGGUCAGCAACCAUGCCAAGAGGCAUCGACAGGGCAGCUAUGGAUCCUCUACUUCUCACUCCUCUUGACCUCCAUAGGGUCGGGCGGGCUCAGGCCCUGCGUGGUAGCCUUCGGCGCCGACCAGCUUGACUUGAGCAAGUCCAAAAAGACCAAGGACAAGACCUCCAAUUUCUUCAACUGGUACUAUUUCUGCAUGGGUGUGGCCAGCUUGCUCGCCCUGACCCUUGUCGUCUACAUUCAAGACAAUGUGGGGUGGGGUUGGGGCCUGGGCGUGCCAACCAUAGUCAUGACCAUUUCGGUGGUCGUCUUUCUUCUCGGCUACCCGCUCUAUGUCUUCUACCGGCCCUCCGGCAGCCCGCUAACCCGGCUCACGCAAGUGGUUGUCGCGGCGAUCAGGAAGAGAAGUGCGAUCAGACCAAAUGACGGCAAUGAGUUGUAUCAGAACAGGGAGAUGGAUGCUUCAAUCUCGAUCACAGGGAGGCUUCUUCACUCGGACCAGUACAAGUGCCUUGACAGAGCUGCCAUAAUAACGGAACGCGACUUCACAGAAGGCGGCAACCCCAAGCCAUGGCGACUCUCCACCGUUCACCGUGUGGAAGAGCUAAAAUCGAUCAUCCGGACGCUUCCAGUCUGGGCUGCCACUAUCUUGCUGGUCACCGCCUCUUCUCACCAGAACACGUUUUCGAUCCAACAGGCGCGAACCAUGGACCGGCACCUGGUUGGGUCCUUCAAGAUCCCUCCUGCCACCAUGAACGUCUUCACAAUCCUCUCCCUGCUAAUAACUCUUGCUCUCUACGACCACGUCAUAGUUCCACUGAGGGAGAAGUACGCCAGCAAGCCUGUUAAGUGGUCGUACUUCCGGCGGAUGGGCAUCGGCAUGGGGGUGUCCAUUUUGAGUACGUUUGUGGCCGGAUUCGUCGAAGUCAAGCGGAAAAAUGCCGCAGCUCAGGCAGGGCUACUAAGCCAGCCCCGCACAACCAUACCAAUCAGUGUUUUUUGGCUAAUACCGCAGUACAGUCUUCAUGGCAUAUCUGAAGCAUUCACUCACGUAGGCCACCUUCAAUUUCUCUACGACCAGUCGCCGGAAAGUAUGCGAAGCUUCGGAAUCGCGCUCUUUUGGAUAGCAAUCUCAUUAGGAAAUUACUUGAGCACACUAGUAGUAUCACUGGUUCAUAAGUAUACUGGCAAGGAACACAAUUGGCUGCCUAACCAUAACCUCAAUAAGGGCAGAUUAGAGUACUACUAUUGGUUCAUAACAGGCCUCCAGAUUGUGAAUUUGGGGUACUACAUAAUUUGCACCUUGUUCUAUACAUAUAAGCCCUUGGAGGUGGCACCUCUGGAAAACCAGGCCAAUGGUGUGGAUGGUAAUGGACAUGUUGAGCUAGCUGCAAGCGGCGUGAAUGAGCGGGAGAUCAGGGACCCAGAGGUGGGUGCGGCACGGUCUGUGUAAGAAGCACAUUUGAUCUGGAUGAUGUUGUAUGGAACAUGUACAGAUUGCAGAGCUCGAUCAUGUCGGAUGCUGACUCCAUUGUAACAGCUGAGGCUAAUCAAAGGACCUGUACAAGCACGACGAUGUGCAAAUGAGAGCUAAAUACGUUCCAAAAUCCAAGGAGAGGGAACGCUUAUGAAUUUUGUUCUACUUGGUAGACUGAGUCUUUAUAUGCUUUCCUUUGUUUUUUAGACUACGAGAGGAAAAGAAAUCCAAAAUUCUGAAUCCUUGGUAGUUAAUGUCGUAUGUAGUUACAGGUAAGAAAAGGAGCGCCAAAGUUUGAUCAAUAUGAUUGAGUUCAGAUA